AUGCUGUCUAAAACAAGCCUUGCCCUCGUAGUACUGCAAGCCACCCUAGCACUCGCCGGCAACGCCAUUAUCAACAAUCGCUGCAACUACGACAUCUGGGUCCAGUCCGUACAUGCCCCCUACGGGGGAAAUAUGACUCACGUUCCCGCUCAAAGUCAGUACUCUGAGCCCUUUAGCCACGCCCCAACAUCAGUGAAGAUAAGCAAGACCCCUUCAAUCGUUAGUGGAGAGCAAACGCAAUUUGAGUACAACAUUGUCAGCAACCAAAUGUGGUAUGACAUCUCCUUAGUCGACUGUGCCAAGGGCCCGCAGGGCGCUAGCGGCUCAUUCGACACAUCCAGCUGCCCGGGCUACAACGAGGGUCUAGCUAUGCAUGUCACCGAUAGCAUAUGCAGGAAAAUCGAUUGCGGAGCGGAAGCUUAUUGUCCUACACAAGCUUAUUUCGUCCCUCAGCCGUAUAAAGAGCUCGGGAUAGAAGAACCGGUUUUCGUGUGUCCUGGUAAUGGCACCAGUUUCGAUCUGUGCAUGACAGUGUGCUCGCGGGAGCCGCAGCUGAGGAGUAGGGGCAUUGCUGGAAGUCUGGAUAACGCGCUGGUUGUAGAUGAGGAGGAGAAAUAA